CGUUCAGUGACCAUUUUAUGUAAUUGACCCAUACAAUACAAGGAAGAGAGGAAGAAAGAAGGCGGGCGCGACAGAAACAGAAAAGAGUCCCCACUGCCCACUCGCCACUACCGACACUCUCAUUCAUCCCCUCCCCAAUCUCCCUCUUCUCUUCUCACGAGAAAUCUAACGGCUCGGAUCUCAUCACCACCGCCCCCAAAUCUUAAUCCCCACCGUCCAUUUUCCCCCAAAAACAAAACUUCUGUCCCCUCCCUUUCUGUACAGUCAUCUCCUCCUCUCCCCAAAUUCCCCCAAUUCUCAUCCAGAUCUAUCCAUUCCCAAUCUCCCACGGGCGGCGAUGGUGGAACCGCAGUCAUGGGCGACCCGGCGGAUGAGCAAUCCGAGGCUACUCGACCAUACCUCCACCACCGCCACCACCAACUCCUCCGCCGCCGACGACCAGGCCCUCGACAUCCCCGCCACUCCCCCGGGGGACGUCAGGGGAAACAAUGCCUACUACUACUCCACCUCCGCCGUCGGAUCUUACUUCUCCCCCACCUUCGUCACCGCCUCAAUCAUCGCCUCCUGGUACUUCUCCAACAUUGGCGUCCUUUUGCUGAACAAGUACCUCCUCAGCUUCUAUGGCUACCGAUACCCGAUCUUCCUCACGAUGCUCCACAUGAUCUCCUGCUCCGCCUACAGCUACGCCGCAAUCCGCUUCCUCGAGAUCGUCCCCUUCCAGCAGAUCCUCUCCCGCCGCCAGUUCUUCAAGAUCUUCGCACUCUCGGCCAUCUUCUGCUUCUCCGUCGUCUGCGGCAACACCUCGCUCCGCUACCUUCCGGUCUCGUUCAAUCAGGCCAUCGGGGCCACCACGCCCUUCUUCACCGCCAUCUUCUCGUUUUUGAUCAUCUGCAAGAAGGAAUCGGCGGAGGUCUAUUUCGCGCUGAUGCCGGUGGUGUUCGGGAUCGUUUUGGCGAGCAAUAGCGAGCCGUUGUUUCAUUUGUUCGGGUUUUUGGUCUGCGUCGGGUCGACCGCGGGUCGGGCGUUGAAAUCGGUGGUGCAGGGGAUUCUGUUGACAUCUGAGGCCGAGAAGCUUCACUCCAUGAAUCUGCUGCUGUACAUGGCGCCGAUGGCUGCGGUGAUUCUGCUGCCGUUCACGCUGUACAUCGAAGGGAAUGUGGCGGCGGCGACGGUGGAGCUCGCGAAGCGGGAUCCGUUCAUCGUUUUCCUGCUGGUUGGGAACGCGACGGUGGCGUAUUUGGUGAACCUAACGAAUUUUAUGGUGACGAAGCACACGAGCGCGCUGACGCUGCAGGUGCUGGGGAACGCGAAGGCGGCGGUGGCGGCGGUGGUUUCGGUGCUGAUAUUCAGGAAUCCGGUGACGGUGAUGGGGAUGGCGGGAUUCGCCGUGACGAUUAUGGGCGUGGUGCUGUACAGCGAGGCCAGGAAGAGAUCUAAGGUCACCGCACAUUGAUUGGCCGAAGGAGGAAGAAGGGGAAAAAAAAAAGAGAUUAAUUUUCUUUUUUUGGGCAAUAAUUUGAAUUUCGGUGGGGGAGAAGAAAAAGCGAAAAAGAAGGGGGGAAAUUCGGAGAGACAUUUAAAGGAGAAGAUUCAUUUUGAUUGCCAUUUGCCAGCCCACAGACACCCAACUGGUACUCACUUACUGCGGCUCUUUCCCUUUUUCAUUUCUUUUACAUAGUAAUUUUGAUUCUGUUUUUAUUAUUUACAUUUUUAAAAUUUAUGAUAAUUUAGAUGUGGUGGUUGGAUGCCAAGAUAAAAUUAUCAGCAAUUGUAUAGGACAAAGAAAUUAUGUUUUCUAUUCCUAUUUUAUGUGAAAUUCUUUUUGAUUUCGAUCUGGAAAUUGUGAAUUGAGAACAAAAGUGGGAAAUUGAUACUUUCGGUGAUGUUUUCUCUUUUGUUUGAGUUGGGAUUUGUCAUGUGCUCUGAUAAUAAUUGAGCUGUUGGAGCUGUCUGUUGACGUAGUUGAUUAGCCUAUCUGGUUCAUUUCCAGAUCCGGUUAGGGUUAUGAUAAUGAUUUCCUUGUUCCGUUUCUAUAUGUUUGUUAAUUAGUUGGCGUGAUCACAAUAACACUGAUUAGGGCGAAUCUCAUCGUGAUUUAGCAAUUUUUUUGACGGAUCUCUUCGUGAAUGUAGUACUUCUAGUUGAGUUCUUUUCUCAUUGUAUAGAUUUGAAGGCAUUUUUGCGGACUGUCAACUGGCCUGCCCAUAAAGUAGCACGCAAUGCAGAACCCUUUUGCUGUCUCAUUUAGAGUUGCCCGCUUUUGAUUUUAUAGGUUGAUUUUCAAGUGAGAUGAGGGAUUAUGUAUAGUAGUUCUUUCUAACUAUUGUCUUGUCAUUCCUCGUGAGAAAAAAAUUAUUCUCAGCUUGAAUGGAUGUCUACCCUCGUGAGCUUAUUGACCUGACCUUGAAUGGAUAACAAGAAUAAAAAGCAUUCAUUAAGUUUUUCUAUGGUUGAUUCAGUAAGCACACAAGUUAUAGUACUUUUGUGCAAUUGGGUUGUGAAGAGAUGUAGCAUUGAAUAUAGACGAAGCUGGAGUGGGAAUGAAGCAAAGUGAUGAAAGUUAAGUGAGGGAUAAAGUUGUGGGAGUUGGUGGUAAAUUUCAUCUCCGUUAAGUCACUAUCCAAUCUGCCGAAAACGCUCCAAUUUGUCGGUCCUCAACUCAUUUGUUAUAUGUGCCUAAUCAGGUCGGGAAGGUACGUGAAUGUAAAGGAUCAAUCAUGAGGGUUUAACAAACUUAAUGACUGUUU